CACAAAACACACAUAUUCAUUUCAAAUAGCAAGAUGUCUCUGAUCACCGACGAAAUCAGAGCUGCCGCAUCGGAGAUGUACCGCGGCGACCACAUCUGCCAGGAGAAAUCCAAGUUCCUCCUCACCGAAAUGGGGCUUCCCAACGGGCUCCUCCCUCUCCGAGACAUCAUCGAGGUCGGCUACAUCAAGGACACAGGCUUCGUGUGGCUCAUCCAGAAGAACAAAUGCGACCACCGCUUCGAGAAGAUCGGGCGGCCCGUGCAGUACGGCGCCGAGGUCACGGCCUACGUGGAGCAGAAGAGGAUCAAGAAGCUCACGGGCGUCAAGGCCAAGGAGAUGCUGAUGUGGCUCACCAUAUGCGACAUCUACAUCAACGAUCCCCCCACCGGCAAGAUCACCUUCAAGAGCCCCACGGGCCUCUCCCGCUCCUUCCCUGUCGACUCCUUUGUGAUCGAGGAUGGCAGCGCGGCGAUCAAGCCCGAGCCUGUCAAGGAGGUUUAGGGUUUGAGAUAUAGAUACAUCAUUAACUUAUCAAUGUCGCUCCUCUUUUAUUUUCAUUUCUAAUGUUCUAGCUGAGUGUCAUCAACCAGAGCUCUAUGUGUUUUUAUUUACUUUUUACAAUUAGAUUUAAGCUAAUUAUCAUUAGACUCUGUUCGGUAUCAUGUAAUUGAGCAUGUGAAAUUGGAAUUGGAAUGGGAGU